AUGAGGGGCAAUGCGGAGCUCGAUUCCGGAGAUCAAAUGCGCAUGGCCGGAGAUCUGUAUCCAGACGUCAACAUUGACAUGCUAUCGUUAAUUGCCCCGAGCGCGUUGCUCCGCAGUCACGCCCGAUCGGGACUAGUGGCGCACACUACGAAUUACCAAAGAAUCCGCGGGUCGACGAAUCUUCCUCAUCUUCGACAGCCGCCAACCCGACCUUUUUCCCCUCGACACCGCUUCCUCGUCGAGACAACAACCGCAACAAUGGCCACCGAGUUGACCGUCCAGUCCGAGCGCGCUUUCCAGAAGCAGCCUCACAUCUUCCUCAACGCUAAGAGCAAGGCCUCCAGCAAGAAGUCCACCUCCGGUCGCCGCUGGUACAAGGAUGUCGGUCUCGGUUUCCGUACCCCCAAGACCGCCAUUGAGGGCUCCUACAUCGACAAGAAGUGCCCCUUCGUCGGCCAGAUCUCCAUCCGUGGCCGUAUCCUGACCGGCAAGGUCGUCUCCACCAAGAUGCACCGUACCAUCGUCAUCCGCCGUGAAUACCUUCACUACGUCCCCAAGUACAACCGUUACGAGAAGCGCCACAAGAACCUGUCCGCUCACGUCUCCCCCGCUUUCCGUGUUGAGGAGGGUGACUGGGUUACCGUCGGCCAGUGCCGUCCUCUGUCCAAGACUGUCCGCUUCAACGUGUUGAAGGUGUUGCCCCGCACUGGCAAGGCUGUCAAGUCUUUCGCCAAGUUCUAA